AUGCUUCGGAAAGCGAGAUCACGGAUCGAAGUGGCCCUACUGUUUGCGUCGGGCUUUUAUCAUACGGCUGACCAAUGGACACGCGUUUUGCUCCCGUUCUUUCAGUGGCAACUGCUACCGCCUGGCGAUUUCCAAGUUGUGGUCAAAGUCACGUCUAUGGGGGCAAUUUCAACGGGCCUUGGAAGUUUCCUAGUCGCUCAAAUGAUCGAAGCAUUGGGGGUUCGAAAAACGGCCAUCAUCAUCACUUUAAUGACGGCACUCUAUCAAUUCCUCAUAACCCAAGUGACAAGCCUCUAUGGUUUUGUCGCCGUGCAAAUGUUGCUCGUCUUCAAUAACCUGUCGGUCGCGAUUGAUGCCAUGGUAUGCCAGAUGGAAGGCGAGGACGGCGAUGACAAAAAACGCAAAAUAUUGAUCUCGAGGCUCGCGAUUCCGCAAAGUAUAGCUUACGCGCUGGGGCCAUAUUUAGCACUGCAGACAAUGUUUCUGAUCACUGCUCAUAUUGGUGUCUGCCAAACGAUGAACGUUGUGAUGCACUUGUGCACGGUUCUGCCGCUCAUCUGCUUUGCAUUUCCGGAGCAUGAAAACCCGCGAGGGUUCAAGCUUGCGCUUCCAUCAAUUGGUAGCUAUUUCGAGUUGAUCAAAAAUGAGAGAACUGCGCUUUGCAUGGGUCUACUGCUGGCAGUCGUGGGGCCAUAUCAAGCUUAUGAUCAAGUAAUUCGGGCCAUGCUAACGGGUGCUAUUGUCCGGAAUCCAACAAGCAUGAUUUAUGUGUUUCUGGUCCUCGGCGGUACAACAUUGGCCGUAAAUCUGUGGCUCUACCCCUGGUUGCAAACUAAAUUCAAGCCACAGCAACUCCUGGCUGGCUCAUUUUCGGUGCUCACUAUCUCGUACAUCCACCUGAGCUUCAGCAACGACGACCAUUAUUACAAUCUGCUACUCGGGCUUUGUAUCCAAGUAGCUCUGGUCGCCGUCUCUGUUGGAGAACUGUCCUCACAGAUCCUGUCCACCGUCAGCAAGAAAAACGCGGGAAAAGUUGCUGCACUAUUGCGCAGCGUGCAUUUGCUGGGCGCAGGAUUGACACCGCUCGUCGCGGGGAUGCUGGUCGACAAAAAUGACUACGCAAAGUUGUGCUACUGCGGAGCUUUGAUUUCUCUACUGGCCAUACCCGCCGUCACGCGCUUCGGCAAAUUCAUGAGGUCACAACCGGCCUUUUUGCCCAUGACCGGCAUCACACUAAAUACGGUACCCAAGCUCGAU